AUGCUUGGGGCCCGCGGAAGUAUAAGAAAAGGCGAAAAUCUCGUCAGAGGCCGUCUCUUAUGGAACUGGUCGUCAUCAAAUGAUCUCGUCAGAUAUAAUACGCAUGUUGAGACGUUACUACCAAGAAAGGGGGAUGUGUUCAUUCAGUGGGGCGAUACCAUCUCCAACAGCUGCAAAACCGCCAAACUCGAUUUUGAGCUGGAUCCCCGACUUAUCGUUGUCGGAGGCAGUGGUGACUGCAAAAUGCCAUCUGAACGGGCUCCUUGUUCAUGGGCCCAUGAUGUCGCAAACCGAAAUCGCUCGUCUAUACGUCCGGUCGUUCGGAUAUUGGGCCUGAACUGUAUUGUCUACACUCGGUGGGAUGGAAGAGAUCCUGUGAAGAUUUCGUGGGCAAGCUUCCAGGUCGUGCCUUUGUCCUUCAUCUCACUGGUGAGCACGGAGAUCAACCCAUUGGUCCGUCUCAGCCAGGCGAGCGAUACAUCCGUUUGGCAUGCCAAGAUCUACUUGCCUAACUGUGCGGCUGCAUCGCCCGCUAACUAUUUCCUUCGCUUCUUGCUGGUCAAUUACUUUGAAUCGGUUGUGGCGAAUUCACCAGGAUGA